UUUUUUCCUUAACUCUCUGUAUACGAGAGUUUGCAUCGAUCGUAAGGAAGGACCGGCUAGAAGGAAGAAACCGUUCCGAGAAACCGUUCCGAGAAACCGUUCGGCCUCGAUAUAAUUAUCGCAACACUGUUUAUAUAUUGGCGCGGUUACUGCCGGCGUGGGUGUUGAAACAGCAUAUGUGUAAACAGCAAUAAAACACGUAGUGCGGUCCCGGAUAGGUAAUCUCCUCCCCACGAGAGCGUAAACGGGAGUUCCCUGGAAAACCACCGAUGGGCGGGGUUGAGCCAACUCUAGAGAGAGAUUCCCCCGUGUCAAAUUAAACAAAUCUUCGUUAGGGAAACUGGAUGCGACGGAGUCCCCGGCCGAGAUCCGUCGCGCCCUGAUCGACAGAGUGUCCGGUCGCACUCCUCGACGAUUACGCGAGCGCGAGCUGUGGUUCCGUGUUCUCCGUGGGAAUACACAGUAGAUUCACUGAGUGCGCGGUGACGGAAUAUCCCAGCGGAACAUCGCGCGUCGUCGGAAGAAGCGGUAACACAGGGAAAGAAAGAGAGAGAGUUAUUGGAAAUCUUCCGAGGACUCUGACGACCGCGCGCUGCUAUCUUGCGUAAACGACAUUUUUCGUCUUGAAGGAGAAUUCUUUCGAGGAGAAUUUCCGAUGCAUCCGAGCAAUUGUCCUGAGAUUCACGGUCUUCUCGCGGACGCGCAGGAUCCGCGUACUCGAUGCCAGGAGUACUGGUGCGUCUUCCCGAUUGACAAGAUGUUUCCCCUAAAACGUGCGAGUGCAUGCGGACUCGCCAGCCUGGUCCCGGAGAUGCUGCGCGCUGACGGCGACAGCGUCGCCUGGCCAGCUUUCUGCCAAGCGUCCUGGCCGGUCCUGGCGAGGCCGCCGAUCGGCUACAAGACCGCGCCGCAUCACGAGAAACCACCGUACUCGUACAUCGCCUUGAUCGCGAUGGCGAUCAACUCAUCGCCGAAGCGACGGCUGACACUCGCCGGGAUCUACAAGUUCAUCAUGGACAAGUUUCCCUACUACAGGGAGAACCGGCAAGGCUGGCAGAACAGCAUACGGCACAAUCUCAGCCUGAACGACUGCUUCGUGAAGGUACCGCGGGACCGGACGAGCGCGGAGGACGGCGAGGAUCACACGGCCGGGAAGGGAAGCUAUUGGACCCUGGACCCGUCUGCCAGCGAGAUGUUCGAGCAUGGCAAUUACAGGCGCAGGAGAACGAGACGACGGCGGGUGCUCGCUCAGGAAAGACCACGCGGGCUCGCGGGAUUACCGGUAUCGACCGAACUCUUGACCAAUUUGACGAGACAUCAAGAGGAACAACGUAAGAACAUUGAAACGAACAAAGAGAGCACUGUGGCAAAUGAUAACGAAACUGAAUGUACAGAUUCCACAGGACAUAUCCCAAAAAUGACCAUGUUCAGCAUCGACAACAUACUACGGAAGUCCACACGAGAGUCGCAAAUAUAGCUUUACACGCACUUACUACUGAGAUAGUUUAGUGACAUCGAUGUAAACGAUGUGACGACCUCUUGGCGUCGAUCAACGGUGUUAAAUAAGAGGAUUUUGAAAUUAAAAUUAAAUUUUGCGUCAAUAUGUUACAUGUGUAUUCAGAAUUAUACUUCUAUUUAUUGUGAAGCGUUUUAUUGUUGUAACAUAAAGAUUAUUCUAUGUAUACAACAUUAUAAUUAGAAAUCUAGAAAACUAAUAUGUGUGUUUAACGUAAUUUUUUUUCUACUUACUACGUUGCAAAGCACACCGAAGAAAUUUUGCAUUUCGCAUAACCGAAAGAGAAAAUAAAGAGAAAAUCUGUUCAAGUUUUCAAAAAGAUUCUGU